AGCGAGGGGAGGCUGAGCGGUGAAAGUAGGAUGUCCGUCAGUGACGCGGGCGGGCCGGCCCGAGCUGGAGGAGGAGAGACAGAAGAGACGCCGCUGUGCGCCAGAGCUCCGCCGACACGGACCGCUGCUGCUGCCAGAGAAAACCAGGAUGAAAGAAUUGGUGGAGGAUUCAGGCACAAGAAUCAUCGUGGUGAUAAAACUCCAGCUGAACAGCACCGAUCAGCCGUCAGACAGGAGGAGACACACAAAGCCCUGCCAGUAAAACAGGCUGAGGCCUCUCGUUGGGAUCACUCAGACGUCCACAUCCGAACCUCUGUCAGGUCCAGUUUCACUCCUCACCGUUUCUUUAGAGUCUCCAAUCCAGAACUAAGGCUCAAGAAUAGUUCAGGUCUCUGGUCACAUCAACAAAUCAGUUUGAAUGAACCACAACUGGUUGAGACCAAGGACCGUGUCUUUGAGGUUAAUGGAAGAGCAGCAUCAUCAUCAGGCACAUCUAUAGAGACGGCCGGUGUCUGUCCAUCACCUGUGACGACUCCAUUUCCGGCCAAGAGAGAAAAAGAGUGCUUCACAGCUGUUUGCCAUAAACCUGAGAUUACAAGACACUUGAGUAAAGUUCAAAUUCUUUCAAAUAGAAACUUUGGAUCAACUAAUGACUUGCACAUACCUCCACGUGGAUCACAAACAAGAACUUGCUUCGGAUCUCUAACUGGCACUGAGAAAGAGAAAGCUAUAAAGGACCAUACAAAGGACCAUACAAAACUAUAUAACCGAGUUCAGCUUGGAAAACAGCCUGAUGACUCUUUGACCAUGCUUUCUUCAACCAUGGUUACAGUUCUUGCGCCUCACUGGAGUGGCCGAUUACGGCGGACCAAAAGAGUUGAGGAAACUGGCAAUUCAGAAGCUCGGGGGAACUUUCAAGAUGCUGCAAUUACUUUGUCAAACCAUGAAAAAGGUUUUCAGGAGACUCUGAACCAACAUCGUGUGGAGAAUGUGUUGACAGAUGGAUUGCAUUUCCCAAGGAGGGUCCCAUUCCUGGGCACUAGGAGAAAUACGGUGGGCUGGUCAGCUAAGAGUGAUCCUUUAAGCUUGGACUUUAAAUCAAAAAGGGAAAUGACUCAAGCUGUGUCUUUGGAUUCAGGUGCUAUGAGGCCACCCCCCACUAGUCCAUCUUCCAGGUCUCCCGACUUUCGUGCCUCACAUGAACAAAAGAGGAAUCCCCAAACUGGCCAACAAGGAGGUCCAUCAUCCAUAAAUUCAAAACCAACAUCCGGCAGUCUGCUUCUGUCCUUAAGAGUCAACUCCAGUGGCAGAAACUUGAAUACACCCUCCACCUUCCCCAAUACAAACCCCUCACAUCAGAGCAGCUUACCAAAUACCAAAGAUAGAAAUCUGCUCACAACACACCACUCUCAAAUCUUUCUGAAUAAUAAUGAGCAACAGAGACCAAAGCCCCUCCUGUCUCCAUCGUCCAUUUCUUACAGAUCAACUGAGACUGGACCUGUCAUUUCUCCAUCAUCUUACAGCUACAGAGAGAGGAAGGUACCGGACACAUUCUUCUUUUCAACUUCACCAAUAAACAAGGAUGCAGAAGACAAUCUCUUUUCCAAACAACUUCAGAAAAUAAAUAGGGAUCAGCCCAGUCUUGCAGCUUCUAAACAGACAUUUCAGAGUGAAGGACCAUCAGGGAAGCAACAUAGUUUAGACAUAAGUACAAAACCAUUCACAGAGAACUCCACCUCCAGACAUUCCCCAUAUGAUCACUCUACAGUUUUAAAAACACACUCUCUUCCCAGACGAACCACCCUGACAUCAACCUCCUGGUGGAAACAAGUUUCCCAGGAAGGCAGUCCUUCCCCCGCCCUUAAUAAUAAAGCCAACAUAAAUGGAAAGCCAAAAAUGGCUGUCGUUGCCCCUUUCAAUCGCAUGAGUGACAAGGUCUCUCCAAGUCUGAAAGAAAACAAAAGACCAGGCAGUCAAAACCAUCUUGACAUAGACAACAAUAACAGGGCUGAGUCAACUUGCAACUUGAACUUUGCUUUAACAACACAGUCAACUGAAUCAAAGAGUCUAGACAAACAGCAUUAUCGCUCAAAUUUAAACAACAGAGAACCACAGAAGCCUCAAAGUAUGCCUGAUGUUUUGUCUAGUUCUAAAAUUAGCAGAGCUCCAACACAAAUAACACUGUGUUUCCACACCAAGGAUCCCAGUAAGCAUAAUGUAAACAAUGCUUCAUUUGCAGCGAAUACAAAUGAAAUUCAACCAACUUCAAAAAACCCCAAGAGCUCUAAUCUGCCACCUAACAUCAACAGCAAACACAGAAAUUAUUGUCCACCCAAAACCAACAACACCCCCACAUUUCCUCACAACAUGGACACGUUUACCAAACCCUCUCUUUCUCUUGAUUUCCCCACCACACUCAACAGUCAGGCUACUUCACAAACAAUCUCUGGCCUCCCUGCAGCCCCAAGCUCUUCCUCCUUUGUUUCCCAACCAGUUUACCCGAAGACAAAUGCUCAUGCUUCUUCAUCCCAAACUGCAAAAUUAGCCAACCAAAACAAAACCACACCUAUUGGCUUUGAAAGAAGUUAUACCGGCAUUCCCAAACCCUUCUAUCCUAAAGCCAUGUCAAGCCUGAAUCCCACAGUACACUCUGUCUCAAAAAACAACUUCAGCCCCGUAUGCACUUCUUCCACUAAAUCUUACACUACUCUUAGCCCAUCCCUACUUAGUCCUUCUAUUACUCCUACCAUCACAUCUCCCAUUACAACGACUUCCUCUUUCUUGCUGACUCCCCCUGAAACACCAGUCAUCAUCAGCCCAAACUCAGAAACCUCCAGUCCCAUGAGAGAAGGUACAUUCGCUGGCAACCCAGAAAGAGAACCAAAGAAACUGCACCCUGAGGUUGAAGGAAAGAAAAGACUCAGACAGGUAAAAUGGGAGGACUCAGUGGAAGUCCAUUGUGUAGAUCCCGUCACUGUGAGGAAGGCAGAUACACCUCCAGUCCAAAUGAAACCAUUGUCACCCUCUAGAUUUCCUCCAUCCAUUUUCUCUCUGCGAUCGAGUAGUCCAGAAAGAGGCACAUCUCCUGUUUGCUUUCCUAACUCCAAAGAUUUCAGCAGACAAGUUGGAAAAGAAGGAAAAUAUCGCUCUUUCUCAUCUGAUUCUGCCGACUUGGCAAUCAAAGAGCGUGAAAAAAGCAAGCAUAGGACUGGGGACACCAACAUCUUUGACCAAGGAAGACAGGACUCAAGUAUACCCAAGCAGGGAAGGACACUAUCAGUUGAGUCUGGCACAGUCCAGUGUCAUUCUUCUGCUCCUCUUUCUCUUCCCCCUGACUUUUCAAGUAGUUAUAAGCUCCGUUAUAGCUCUCCACCUUACUCCACGCUCAAGUCCACCAGGCCGACAAAGGAAGAGUUGAUAACCAAACCACAAAGAUCUCCCCUCUUUCCACAAACCUCUCAGUCAAAUGAUAUCCCAAAACCGUCCUUAAAUAAAGACCCAUUACCACCCAUGACCACAUCCAGUCCUCCUUUGCAUCCUUGGCUUUCCCCAUCCCGCUCUUCAACCUUUCAAAAGAAAACUCCCAUGCAAGGAAGUCCACGUACUGAUCAAGUCAACCAUAAUCACAAUGAAUACAGCACCCAAACUCAUGCAAAUACCCAGGUACAGCUCCUUGACAACAGGGUUCAUAUCCGCUCACAAUCUCUGCCAGGUGAUAAGGCUCACAGCUCUUCCGCCACAUAUGUUACUGAGACACUAGUUUACAGUAUUAAACCCAAAGUAGAUGAAGCUGCACCAGUCCAAAAGAGCAACACACCCAAGUCUGUGCAGCAUAAUGCAAACACACUAGUUGCCAUGGAGACCAGAUCAAAUUCACAGUCGCACACACAGCAGAGUAAAGAAGUAGGCACCCAGUCAUCUAGCCAGUCAAAUCAAAGCUCUAAUGGUUGCAGUAGGGCAGAUGGUCGGUCUUGUGAUUAUGAAAGCAGAAACAGAAGCGUGACACAGAGCAUGCCAGGAAAAAGCAGGUUUUAUUCAGUGGAGGUUAAUAAUGAACUGAGCCCCAAGAAAAAUCGGUUUGCCCUGAAAAGAAGUUCAAGCACACCAAACUCUAACUUGUCAAGGUCACAUUCAGACCGGGUCAGCAAGAGUUAUAACAAAGUGGACCAAGUGUUUAACAAACUGAGACAAAAAUUCAGCAGUAGAAGGUCUGAUGAUGAUUCGUCAUUUUCAUGGAAAUGGAAGCGAGCUCCCCAAGCACCUUCAAUCAGUGGGUCUAGUGACACAAGCAGCGUCAGCGAUGUUAGUGUGGACAGUACCAAAAUGUUGGAGGAGCGAGUCCAGGAAACGGGGAUGGUGCUGAAAGACAAUGCAGACAAGACGGAGGCUGCAAAUAGAAUAACACAAAACAGAUACACCCUCACACCAGCCUCAACUAAUAGAGACGCAAAGGGUGGAUACGAGUUCUCCAUUUGGUCAGAACAAUCACCCCCUGAUAGUGACCGAGAUGAGCAACAAGCUUGUGCAGAAGACACAUCUGAUGGCAAAGUUCAUCUGAUGGUCCACGGCCCAGCAAAUAGCCACUUUGACUUGUAUGAAAACAAUGGGACAGAUUAUAAAGCAUCAAACCAGUUUUUCUCUUGUACAGAUCCUAAUGCUGAUAGGAGCCCAACUGCUGCUUAUCCUUCUCAAGGUUGGAAGUCUACACCCAGCCCCAGAAGCCCAUUUUCCCCCUUUUCCUCUCUUUCCCCUGUCUCCCCAUUUCCUUCACCAGAUACGACAGAUGACAAUGUCUUUUACAGUCCAAAGCUGCAACGCCGUAGGGAAUCGCCCUCUUCGUGUGAAACAGAAGGAGAUUGCUUCGGAGUUUCAAGAAGAAUCAGAGUAUCCACAGGCCCUCCAAGUGCAAGUCCAGGACAGGACAAGGGACACUUGGCUUCCUCGUAUGCAGAUUUGAAGUAUGGCAUUGAGCCCAGUAGAUCGUUUUCUGUAAGUUCAGUUCUCUCUAGUCGACCCUCAGGGCCUGGAAGGAUUUCCACAGGAUCUAGGUUCAUGAGUGUGGGGGACCUUUCUUGGCCUGCCUUGUCUUGUGGAGGGGGCAGCAGAGACUUGGAUCAGUGGUCUUUCAAACCUGACUGGUCAGAAGAACUUGUUGGCCAGCCUCGUGAUGACUGUGAAAUGUCAGAUCUCCUCAAUGAUCCUAGUAAUAUGCGAUCCAGAUCUCUACCUCGGUCCUUGACCAGGUGCUUGGCGAACUGGAGCUCAGGAAUCCCCAUUUCUGAAACUGCAACGACCACCUCAAAGCCGGCUCGCCUUUGCAGUCCCCACGUGGACUCUUGUCAUUUUGCCUGGGAUACAGAGGGUCUCCCAACUCCUCCCCCAACACCGCCCCUGUCACCAGUGUCCAGAUCCAUGUCCAAACCUCCCAACCUUCCUUCUGCUUUUCCCAGCUCAUCAGGAACUCGAGAGCAAGUAGACAAUCAGUCUUCCAGAGGACUUUUGCCCUCCAGAGGAUAUGUUUCCAGCCUCAGCACCUUUGAUGAAUCAUCGGACAGUAGCUCUGACACAACAACAGAUGAUGAAUAUUACUUAGAUGAUGAAGAUGGCGAAAAAGAGACUGAGCUGUGAAAGGAGAACAAUGUUUUCUUCUUGAGCGUCUGCAGUUGAAGACGUGAAUAGAAAACUCUGCAAGACGAAAGAUGGGCUGCAUGACCUCUGUCUCCUUUGUUUAUUGUCUUACUAUAAUGAGGAAAAUUAGCAGAGCAGGUUGCCUGCUUGAUUUGCUUCUCCAAAGCAAAUCCUUGUUAUCAUUGCAGUCGUGGCAAGAAGGCGUUAUACUAUAUGUGUGCGAGCAUGGUAAUACCAGUGUAGUUGUAAAUACUUCUCAAGCAUGUGCAGUAUGUUGCAUAGGACUGCAGCUCUGCAACUUACGUUUCACCAAUGGUCACUGUUCGCCAAAUGUAGUCUGGCUGCAUGGCUGAGGUCUAUAGUAUAAAUAUGUAUGUUGAUUGUUUUAGAGUUAAGAUAAGCUUUGGACAAAGAGUUAUCUCUUGAGGCAGUGGAUCAGCGAGAGAAAUAGUCCUUCAACUGGAACUUCAGCAGUUUUAUCUCAGAAGUGUCCUUGGGUAAUACACUGAAUCCCCAUACUUUCCCCGACACUCGUCGGUGUGUGAUUGCAGAAGUAAACUGCAACAUGUAAAUAUAUAAGAAGCAAUGAACCGCGGUGUGAAACCAUGACAAGGACAGUACAGACGGUUUAGUAAGAGAAGACCAUUUACCAUUUAGGUUUGCAUUCAUCCUUCCUGUCAACACUUAAUGCAGAAUGGGUACAUGUGCCAUCAAGGCUGGGUUUGAAGAUACACAAAAUAAAAGUUUCUUCUUUACGCAGAAUGGGCUUAUUUUCUUAACUUUUUAUAAAUGAUGUGUUGUUAUAUGGGAUGAAAUAUAAUCACAGCAUGGUUAAAUCUGUCAUGAGACUUUGUAAAAUGUUCAAUUUUAUUUGCACAGUGACAAUCGCAAAUCUUAAUAUAUCUGUUUUAUAAAUAAAUCCAACAUUUCUAACAUGAA